GGACCGCACGGUCUCCGCCGGCCGUGCCUGCCCCUGCCCCCCACGCGGUCCAUGGCAAAAAAACAGCCACCCCGUUGGCUCUGCCGGCAGCCGUGCCCCGCCCCCGCAUCUCCGCCGGCCGCGCCUCACCGUCGAAAAUUGGAGGGGUUAGGGGAACUGACCGCAGCUGCCCUGGUCCUUGACGGCGGUGACGGCGCCCUUGUCCCUCCAGUCGAUGGACUCUGGCAGCUCCUCGCCGACGUUGUAGCGGUAGCGGUCGCUCCCAAAGCGGGCCCUACGGCGUUGGCCGGCGGGGCGGGUGCCGAGGUAGACGGCGCGGUACUCUUCGUUGGUUAUGUCGGCGAAGCGGUUGAGGCCGAGGCGGAAGGAGUGGUGGCCGGAGUCGGCGGCGGCGUUGUGGGCGUCGAUGAAACGGACGUUGUCCUUGAAGAUCUCGAACCUCCGCUCUUUCUCCUCGAGCGCGUUGUACGUCCGCCCGUGCUUCGCGAGCCACCCCUCGUAGAGGAGCCGCAUCUGCUCUUCGCUCCACUCCAGCCCCCUCACUCCGUGGGCUUCGUUGUACGGCCGCGGCGGCCGCGGCCAGGCAAAAGAGGAGGAGCGGGGCGCCGAUGGAUCGAAGAGGAAGGCCGGGAGGAAGGCGACGGCGGAGACCGGCAGGAGGUGGCAGUGAGGAGAGCGGUGCGGGGAGGAGAUUAGCAUCCUUGAGGGAUCGGGUUUGGCGUCCGCGAGGGUUUGGGGAGCUUCGAGAAGACUCGGGAGAGGUCUGAAGCCAAGAAGGAAGAGAAGAAAAAGAGCUGACACGUGGCGACACAUCAGUGCAUGGCAGGUGGCAUGCGGGGGAGAGCACGGGGACCUGCAAUCGCUGCGCUUGCUCUCCCUCUCCCUCUCCCCACUAUUUCUCUGGUCCCGGUUGCUAACUUGCCAUCCCAAAGACAAAAUCUCGGUUCUUGCACUCGCUUCGUGUUGAAAAUUGCAAGAACUAGGACGGUCUGAGGCACAGAUAUUCCAAAUAAAAUACAAUGAUAUGUUUUAAAGAAAUUUCGUGAUCUGGAGUUUUAUAAAGAGAGGGGCAGGGAGAAGAGAGAAACAUUGAGCAGUUAAGACUUCUUCAGGGAAUUUUGACUGUGAUCAAUUAACCGAUGUUUCUCUUUUAUUCAUAUAUGCUUAAUUUACAAAUUGUCCACUUGGAGUUCCAUUAUUAGAGCAGUUAUAUUUAAGUGUGUGAUUGUUGAUACCAACACCAACUAUCUCAAACAUUGAUCUAUGUUUGAGUAUACUUGAGCAUCCUGGAGUUAUUUUUCUUGGAUUGGGAUCAAAUAAUCUUACCAUAUGACCUACAUUGAGUACAGUCAUGAAGUUGGUUCUUGCCUUUGUAGGGGUUGUCUUUUUUGCUUUUGUUAAAUGGUCUGCAUUCUUUGUUGAGGCUGUUCUGCUUUUGAAACCAAAGAAAGUGUCAGAAUGAAAAUAAAGAGGGAUUUGAUCUGUGCACUUGUUGAAAACUUCUGCUGUUGAAGAGUUUUGUUAGAAUUGACCAAGAAUAUAAGAUGAUAAAAACCUGCAAAGGAUUUUACGUUGUAGAUUAUAUUUUCUUGUGUCUUACUGUUAACUGCUUUUCCCUAGGUUGGUGGCUUUGAACCUGUUUAGAAAAAUAAGUUUAAGAACCACCUCUUGGGAACAAAUUUUCUUCCUAGAAUCUAGCUAUCAUGACCAAGCCAGCUACUAAUUUUUAUUGUGAAGUCUGAUGUGUAACUGUGUCUCUUUCUCUCUCUUGAUUGCAAAUCUUACCUUCUUUGACCAAUUGAGAUUGCAAUUCUCUCUCUCCCCAUCAUGGAACUUACUUCAUACUUCACUCUGGAUGAUGAAGAUUCCUUGCUGAUGCUUAUUUGUUGGAAUUGGAGAAGAACCUUGGCCAUCCAAGAUAUUGAGGAAGCUUGCUUCUUGGAGAAAAUGUUGCAAGCAAGCGGUUGAAACUGAAUGGGUCAGCCUCGUCCAUGAAUGCCCGCUGCAUGUCUUAUCUCCACAAGGAAUUUUUUUUCGUCUUUCCAACCUUCUGAUAAUGGUCGAAUCUAGCUGUGAAAAUUUCUUUCAUCUAUUCAUGUUGAAUAAAGUGAAAUGCAUGUACUGUGGUAUGAAACUUAAUUGAAGAUAUUGGAAGAGGGACAGAUCAGAUUAGUGCAUCUUCAAAAGGAAAAAAAAAGGAAAAGACGAGAAACAAGAGAGUAAAAUCUCCCAAAAAUUAACAUGCUUGAGUUUCUGUGGUCUAUCUAUGAUGUUUUCAAGACCCAACAAAGAGAGUAGGAAAUUCACUUCUAUGUUGCAGCUGAGAUAAUGGCAGCAUCAGAAGCCACUGUCAAAUGAGUUUAUGUUGUGGAUACUUAUCUGUAACAUAGUUUGAUUGGAUUUAUUAAACAAUGUGGUCUUGUGCUUGGCCUUG